AUGUCAUUUGUCAACAAUGUCAGUGCCUUCAGCACAUGUAAAGACUUAGUUUUCUUUUAUCACCCCACCUUUUUUGUUUCUUUUUUCUACACUCUUUUUGUCAAUUUUUACGCACCGUCACGCGAAAGAGGCUCCAUGUGUGGCGGUGUUUUGAAAAAUAGUGGCCAUAGCCUUUUGGAGAGAAGGAAAUACACUUACAUGUGCACUGAUCGACAGUGGGACGAUCGAGGAACUGGGCAUGUGUCGUCAGGCUAUGUUGAAAGGUUGAAAGGAAUGUCUCUACUGGUUAGAUCGGAGACUGAUGGUUCAUUACUGCUGGAGUCUAAAAUACAACCUGAUACAGCCUAUCAAAAAAAAAAACAAGAAACUCUCAUAGUUUGGUCUGAGGCAGAGAAUUAUGACCUUGCAUUGAGUUUCCAAGAGAAGGCUGGUUGUGAUGAAAUUUGGGAGAAAAUUUGCCAGGUGCAGGGCAAAGAUCCUUCAGUUGACAUUACCCAAGAUGUUGUGGAAGAAUCUGAAGAUGAUCGUUUUGAGGAUAUGCCUGAUGCAGCUCCUCCAAUUGAAUUGCCUCAAUUGUUUGAAGAAAACAUGCUUUCAACAUUAAGUUCCUUCAUAUUUUUCAACAAAGUAGAAAUUGUCACAAUGAUACAGGAAGAUGAAAAAUUCUUAUCUAGUUUAUUUAGUCAACUUACAGAUGAUGAAACAGAUGAUGAAAAAAGAAGGGAGUUGGUUCUGUUUCUUAAGGAAUUUUGUACAUUUUCUCAGACAUUACAGCCACAAAACAGGGACUCAUUUUUUAAGACUUUAUCUAACCUUGGAAUUUUGUCAGCUAUUGAAAUAAUUUUGGGUUUAGAUGAUGAACAGAUGAAGACUGCAGCCAUCGACAUAUUUUCAUAUAUUGUGGAGUUCAGUCCGUCCAUGGUUCGGGAAUUCAUUCUUCAGGAGGGACAGAGUCAGGAUGAUGAAGAUUUAUUGAUCAACCUAGUCAUUGAACAGAUGAUCAAUGAUACUGAUCCAGAAUUAGGAGGUGCAAUGCAGUUGAUGGCCAUCAUUCGCCUGCUGAUUGAUCCUGAAAACAUGCUUGCAACUGCCAAUAAAACAGAGAAGACUGAAUUUCUCAGCUUUUUCUACAAACAUAGUAUGCAUGUAUUAACAGCCCCAUUAUUUGCAAAUACUACAGAUAAUAAGCCUAGCAAAGCAGAUGAUUACCAAACAGCCCAACUUCUGAGUCUUAUAAUGGAGUUGCUGUCAUUUUGUGUUGAACAUCAUACCUAUCACAUUAAAAAUUACAUCAUUAGUAAGGAUCUUUUACGAAGAGUCCUUGUUCUACUCAAGUCCCAGCAUGCUUUUCUAGCCUUGUGUGCCUUGCGAUUUAUGAGAAAGAUUAUUGGUUUGAAAGAGGAAUUUUACAACAGAUACAUCACUAAGGGAAAUUUAUUUCAACCAGUUGUAGACGCCUUUAAUGCAAAUGGUGACCGAUACAAUCUGCUGAAUUCUGCCAUGAUUGAAAUGUUUGAGUUUGUCAAAAUGGAGGAUAUCCGGUCUCUAUGUACAAAUAUUGCUGAAAAUCAUAUUAAAGAUCUGGAAAAUGUUAAUUAUGUUAACACUUUCAAAUCUCUGAAACAUCGGUAUGAACAACAGGAAGACAGGAUUCGGGAAAAAAAUGCACCAGAAAGUAUGCCCUCUAUUCUUCGAAAUAAUCGUUUCCGUCGGGAUGAACGAACUCUUGAUGAAGAGGAAGACAUGUACUUCAAUCAAGAUGAUGACCUUGAUGAUGGGGAAAGCAUUGUACCAAUGGGAGAAAUUCUUAAAAACAAGCUGGAUGCUGACUUUGACCAAAUAAAUAGAUUUAUAGAGAGUAAAAGAGCAAAAGAGCAGUCAGAGUUGGGGAAAGAUGGACCGAUCAAGUUGCAUGGUAAAACCUCGCCUAUAAGCAUCAAUAUCAAAAGUAAUAUUUCUGUAGGAGGUUCAGGAAGUCCCAAAAGCCCAGGAAGUCCAACAAGUCCAAAAAGUCCUGGGAGUCCGGGAAGAACUGGGUCUAGUAUUACUUCCAAUACUAGCAAUACACCUCCUCCAAGUGAGGAGAAAUCAGUAGUCACAAGAAAGCCUGGUUUGGUUGGUUUGGUGGAUUAUCCUGAUGAAGAUUCAGAAGAGGAGGAAGAAGAUGAAGAAGACGCUGAACAGAUGACUUUCCAUCACUUGUUCCUGAUUUCUAAGGAGCAUCAUGGUCAUUAUCAUCUAUCCAUUGUGGCUUUAACACCUGCAACAAUAGAUGGCUCAUUGAUUGACAGCAGCACCCCCCAGUUUAUGCUGCAUGUAUCUGCAAAAAUGAACACAAAACAGGCAGCAGCAGGAGAGAGAAUGGGACAACUAAGCCCACCCCCUGAUAUGAAUAAACCUGUUCCUUCUCUCUCUCUGUCUCUCUCUCUCUCUCUCUCUUAA